UGUAAAUGUACAUUGAAACCGUUUCAUUGGUGGUUGGGCCGUGCGCUCAGAGAUUCAGAGGAGGGGAAUUCUCCUCCUCCCCAUCACUGUCGCCGGGAUACUGCUGGCAGAAGAACACAGCGCAAGGGAGGUCUGGGUGAUGUGGAUGUAAACUAGGCUAUUGGACUGAACGUCCAUCCUCUCUAUAUGACACCAUGAACCCUGCCUCGGGCGGCGCUGCCGACUCCCGCAGCCAGCUAGACAAUAGCAACAGAAAGCAGCCGCAACAGCGCGCUGCCUCCCCGGCUGGCGGCAAAGACAUUGGAUCUAAAGAGACACCGAAAAGCAGCACUCCGUCAAAGAGCAUCACGUCAAAGCAGUGCGGAGGAGGGAGAGGCAGCCGCGGCAGCUCCCCGGUCUCCACGGCAACCAGCAAAGACAGACUGUCUUCUUCUUCUUCUUCCAAAGGCGCGGCAAGCGUGGCAGGCGCGACCCCUGUCCAGUCCGCUGGUGCUGAAAUCCAUACGUUGACCAGGGCGGCGGCGGCGGCUGGGAGCGGCAGAGGAGCGGCAGAGGAGCGCAGUAGUCAGUCUGAAGACUCGCGUUGUACUGAUAUAUCGUGUUUGAAGGGGGAUACAACACGGGUUGUUUCUGAUCAGCCUUGUUCAUCCAAAUCUCCUAAAUUGAAGAACAAUAACCCGAGAAGAGGGGGAGGAGAAGGCGAGGCUAGCAGCACAGCUACCGGCAACAAAAAGAGCUCCGGCAAGAGCAGUGUGGGCUGCGGCCCUGGCUUCUGGAGAGAGGGAUGUUUGCAGUCUGAGCUGAUCCAGUUUCACCUGAAUAAAAGCUUAAAGAAAGGAGGAGGAAAGAUGAAGACGAAGACACCGUCUCCCCCGGAGCCGGUCACGGAAACGGCGGAACCAGAGGAUCUCUCCCCUGAGGCCAUCGUUAACGAGCCCGAGCCGGUACCUGAGCCCGACCAGCUAUUUCAGGAGGAGAUAGAGAAACUAGAGGAUGAAAAUGACGAGCUAAAGACGGAGAUAGAGGAGAUGAGAGCGGAGAUGGACGAGAUGAGAGACACGUUCUAUGAAGAGGACGCCUGCCAGCUGCAGGACAUGCGUCGCGAGCUGGAGCGAGCCAAUAAGAACUGCCGGAUUCUCCAGUACCGUCUGAGGAAGGCGGAGAGGAAGAGGAUGAGGUUUGCUCAGACCGGAGAGGUAGACGGAGAGCUACUGAGAGCCCUGGAGCAGGACUUGAAGGUAGCGAAGGAUGUAUCAGUGCGUCUGCACCAUGAGUUGGAGAACGUGGAGGAGAAAAGGACGAAGACGGAGGAGGAGAACGAGCAGCUAAGGCAAAAGCUGAUAGAGGUGGAGGUGACCAAACAGGCCCUGCAAAACCAACUGGAGAAGGCCAAAGAGCUGUCGCUGAAGAGGAGAGGAGGCAGGGAUGUUCAGAAAGAGAAGAGGAUCCCACAGACUCCAAUAGAGGAGGACAACGAAGAUCUGAAAUGCCAGCUAGCCUUCAUCAAGGAGGAAGCCGUUUUAAUGAGGAAGAAGAUGGCUAAAAUUGACAAGGAGAAGGACCGGCUGGAACACGAGCUGCAGAAGUACCGCUCGUUCUACGGGGACGUGGACAGUCCUGGGCCCAAGGGAGAGGCUGGGGGACCCGCUACCACCCGGGAGUCAGAGCUGAAACUGAGACUGAGACUGGUGGAGGAGGAAGCCAACAUCCUGGGGAGGAAGAUCGUAGAGCUGGAGGUGGAGAAUAGAGGACUGAAGGCUGAACUGGAGGACAUGAGAGACAGGGAUGAGGUGGCUGGAGGCUCGGCUGAGCAUGGCUGCAGCAGGGAGCAGGGAGAGGAACUCAGGGAGCUGAGACAGCAGCUACAGCUGGUGGAGGACGAGGCAGAGCUACUUAGGAGGAACCUGCAGGACUCAGAGGAGGACAACAACAAGGUGACGGGAGAGCUGAACAAGCUGAAGUACAAGGAGGGCUCCAGGCACGGCGCUGGUGGUGGAGGAGGUGGUGCCGGGGCGGCUGCAGACCGGGCCAAGGUGGAGGUCCUGCAGGAGGAGCUAAAGGCUGCCAGGCUACAGAUCAACGAGCUGAGUGGCAAGGUGAUGCAGAUGCAGUAUGAGAACCGAGUCCUCCUGUCCAACAUGCAGCGCUACGACCUGGCAUCACACCUGGGCAUCAGGGCCAGCCCCCGGGAAAGUGACGCAGAGAGUGACGGAGGAGACGACGCCUCCACCUCGUCACGCUUCCCACCCCACCGUAAACGAGAAGGCCCCAUCGGAGGGGAGAGCGACUCGGACGAGGUGCGUAACAUCCGGUGCCUGACCCCCACCCGCACCCUCUACUCCCCCGAGAGCCGCUUCCUCCCCCGCAGCCUGAAGGACCGGCAGCAGAUGGUAGACAUCCGUAUAGAAGCAGAGCGGCUGGGCCGCACCAUCGACAGGCUGAUAGCAGACACCAGUACCAUCAUGGCUGAGGCACGGGUCUAUAUGGUCUCCAACGGGGAGCUUUACGAGGAGGAAGGGAGCACCGUCAGGGAGCACGAGUUGUUGUACAGGAUCACCGCUCAGAUGAAGGCCUUCAGGAAGGAGCUGCAGGGCUUUAUAGACAGACUGGAUGUCCCCAAGCCAGAGGACAAAGAGGAGGAACCACUGUCUAUGUUUCAACCCAUCAUUCUGCUCAUCCUCAUCCUCGUCCUGUUCUCUUCACUCUCCUAUACCACCAUCUUCAAACUCGUCUUCCUCUUUACUCUCUUCUUCGUCCUGUAACGUCCGUCUCACUUUGCAUAGACACAUAUUUUUGUUUAGUCAUAUUUUUAUUUGGUUUUGUAUUUUUAUUUUGGAACAUUCCCGUCUAAGGUCACACGUGAUGCGGGACACUAUUCCACGUUUCAGCAGUUACUAUUUACAAGCUUUCAACACACACUGGAGAAGACCACACGCCUCUGGGGCUGAGACACUGGAGAAGACCACACACCUCUGGGGUUGAGACACUGGAGAAGACCACACACCUCUGGGACUGAGACACUGGAGAAGACCACUCACCUCUGGGGUUGAGACACUGGAGAAGACCACACACCUCUGGGACUGAGACACUGGAGAAGAACACACACCUCUGGGGUUGAGACACUGGAGAAGACCACACACCUCUGGGACUGAGACACUGGAGAAGACCACACACCUCUGGGGCUGAGACACUGGAGAAGACCACACACCUCUGGGGUUGAGACACUGGAGAAGACCACACACCUCUGGGGUUGAGACACUGGAGGAGACCACACACCUCUGGGACUGAGACACUGGAGAAGACCACACACCUCUGGGACUGAGACACUGGAGGAGAUCACACACCUCUGGGGCUGAGACACUGGAGAAGACCACACACCUCUGGGACUGAGACACUGAAGGAGACCACACACCUCUGGGGCUGAGACACUGGAGAAGACCACUCACCUCUGGGGCUGAGACACUGGAGAAGACCACACACCUCUGGGACUGAGACACUGGAGAAGAUCACACACCUCUGGGACUGAGACACUGGAGAAGAUCACACACCUCUGGGACCGAGACACUGGAGAAGACCACACACCUCUGGGACUGAGACACUGGAGAAGACCACACACCUCUGGGGUUGAGACACUGGAGAAGACCACACACCUCUGGGACCGAGACACUGGAGAAGAUCACACACCUCUGGGGCUGAGACACUGGAGAAGACCACACACCUCUGGGGCUGAGACACUGGAGGAGACCCCACACCUCUGGGGUUGAGACACUGGAGAAGACCACACACCUCUGCGACUGAGACACUGGAGAAGACCACACGCCUCUGGGGCUGAGACACUGGAGAAGACCACACACCUCUGGGGUUGAGACACUGGAGAAGACCACACACCUCUGGGACUGAGACACUGGAGAAGACCACUCACCUCUGGGGUUGAGACACUGGAGAAGACCACACACCUCUGGGACUGAGACACUGGAGAAGAACACACACCUCUGGGGUUGAGACACUGGAGAAGACCACACACCUCUGGGACUGAGACACUGGAGAAGACCACACACCUCUGGGGCUGAGACACUGGAGAAGACCACACACCUCUGGGGUUGAGACACUGGAGAAGACCACACACCUCUGGGGUUGAGACACUGGAGGAGACCACACACCUCUGGGACUGAGACACUGGAGAAGACCACACACCUCUGGGACUGAGACACUGGAGGAGAUCACACACCUCUGGGGCUGAGACACUGGAGAAGACCACACACCUCUGGGACUGAGACACUGAAGGAGACCACACACCUCUGGGGCUGAGACACUGGAGAAGACCACUCACCUCUGGGGCUGAGACACUGGAGAAGACCACACACCUCUGGGACUGAGACACUGGAGAAGAUCACACACCUCUGGGACUGAGACACUGGAGAAGAUCACACACCUCUGGGACCGAGACACUGGAGAAGACCACACACCUCUGGGACUGAGACACUGGAGAAGACCACACACCUCUGGGGUUGAGACACUGGAGAAGACCACACACCUCUGGGACCGAGACACUGGAGAAGAUCACACACCUCUGGGGCUGAGACACUGGAGAAGACCACACACCUCUGGGGCUGAGACACUGGAGGAGACCCCACACCUCUGGGGUUGAGACACUGGAGAAGACCACACACCUCUGCGACUGAGACACUGGAGGAGACCACACACCUCUGGGGUUGAGACACUGGAGGAGACCACACACCUCUGGGGCUGAGACACUGGAGGAGACCACACACCUCUGGGGUUGAGACACUGGAGAAGACCAUACACCUCUGGGGUUGAGACACUGGAGAAGACCACACACCUCUGGGACUGAGACACUGGAGGAGACCACACACCUCUGGGGUUGAGACACUGGAGAAGACCACUCACCUCUGGGGAAGACCACACACCUCUGGGGUUGAGACACUGGAGGAGACCACACACCUCUGGGGCUGAGACACUGGAGAAGACCACACACCUCUGGGGUUGAGACACUGGAGGAGACCACACACCUCUGGGGUUGAGACACUGGAGAAGACCACACACCUCUGGGGCUGAGACACUGGAGAAGACCACACACCUCUGGGACCGAGACACUGGAGAAGACCACACACCUCUGCGGUUGAGACACUGGAGAAGACCACACACCUCUGGGACUGAGACACUGGAGGAGACCACACACCUCUGGGACUGAGACACUAGAGAAGACCACACACCUCUGGGACUGAGACACUGGAGAAGACCACUCACCUCUGGGGCUGAGACACUGGAGAAGACCACUCACCUCUGGGGCUGAGACACCGUAUAUUAUUAGGGAGGGGAGAACAGAAGGAUUUUGUUGGAUCUGAAGACUGUAGUGGAGGAGGUGCAGCUGGAGGUGAAGAGAGAGGAGGCGAAGAGGA